AUGGCUCUAAGCAGACGGGAAAUGGUGUGUUUGGUGGGAAUAGCUUGUCUCUGGCUGCCGGCGUUAGCGGAGGUGGCGGCUGAGGACAGCUACUUGAAUGAGGUGCAGAGCUCAGCCCCUCUCUCCUGCUCUGAGGGGUUCACGGAGCUGGGCUACUACAACGGCACCGUGUCCCAGACGGACUCUGGCGCCCCCUGUCUGAAAUGGACCGAGUUCCCAGACUACGUCCUGCAGUACCCGGGCAGAGGACUGGGAGACCACAGUUUCUGCAGGAACCCAGACCGGGAGUCCAAUCCCUGGUGCUUCUUCAGACAAAACUCAGGGGCCAUCGGAUGGGCCUACUGUGACUGCCACCAGGGUGCUGCUCGGGUGGUGGGUGGGUUGUCCCCUGGCAGUGGCCGUGUGGAGGUGUACCUGAAUGGCCAGUGGGGCGCAGUGUGUGACUCUCAUUGGACGGACAGAGAUGCCAGUGUGAUCUGUAGACAGCUGGGCCUUGGUGAGAUCGGCACAGCCCUACAACACUUGCAGUUCGGAUCGGGCUCCGGCUUGUUCCACUAUGAGCGCUUGGGUUGCCAUGGUGACGAGAACACCCUGAGUAAGUGCCGGAGCAGGACGUUUGUCACCGGUGACUGCAGCCACGGAAAUGAGGCAGGAGUGGUGUGUGCACCCCCAGAAGGCAGCGGUCCUCCGCUGCGGUUGGUUGGAGGUGAGGAAGACUUUGAGGGUCGUGUGGAGGUGUUCCACGGAGGAAGGUGGGGCACUGUCUGUGAUGACCAAUGGGACGACAGAGAUGCAGAGGUGAUCUGCAGACAGCUGGGCUUCGGGGGUGUGGCUAAGGCCUGGUCGUGGGCUCAUUUCGGUCAGGGCUCAGGGCCCAUCUUACUGGACGCUGUGAGGUGCACAGGAAAUGAACUCUUCCUUGAUCAGUGUCCUCAUGGAGACUGGGAGCAGCACAACUGUGACCACAUGGAGGAUGCUGGGGUCUCCUGCAGUCCAUAUACGGAUGGUGUGGUACGUCUGGUUGGAGGAGACAGUCCCUGGGAAGGUCGUGUGGAGGUGUUCCACAAUGGCGACUGGGGAACGGUGUGUGAUGACCACUGGACCCAGCAACAUGCGCGGGUGGUCUGCCAACAGCUCGGAUACAGGGGUCACGCGGAGGUCGUAGCGGAUGGAACGUUUGGGGAGGGGAUUGGACUGAUCCUAUUGGACGACGUCCACUGCGACGGAUCUGAGACUUCCCUGCUUGACUGUCGCCGUGGUAUCUGGGGGAGAACCGACUGCUCCCAUAAUGAGGACGUAGGGGUGUGCUGCAGGGUCGGGGCCGGUCAGGAGACCAACGAGGUGCAAGUCAUUGCCCCAUCCACAGGUCCCCUGGUGCGUCUUGUGGGCAGCAGUAGCCGGAAGGAAGGACGGGUGGAAGUGUAUUUCCAUGGCAACUGGGGCAGUAUUUGUGACUCGGGCUGGAACGACCUCAACGCGGCUGUUGUGUGCAGGCAGCUGGGACAUAGCGGCCGGGCGGUGGCAGCAGGGGGCUUUGGCCAGGGGAAAGGGCCCAUCCACCUGGACCAGGUGAGGUGCACGGGGAAGGAGGAGUUCUUAGGGGAGUGUCCCUCUCUGGGCCAGAGCCUGCAGGGCUGCAGGCGUAGGGAGGACGCAGGGGUGAGGUGUGAUGUGACCCCUGGGGCAACCGGGGAGCAGGCCAAGCCACACGAGCUGACAUGUGGCCUGAGGAAGAUUGUGGAGGAAGGGAACAAGAAGCAGCAGGGAGAGAAAAACACACUAAGUAACUCAUGGCCAUGGCAAGUGUCAGUGUGGCUUCGGUCUGAGGGACAAGAUGGCGCUCCUCUCUGUAGCGGUACUCUGAUCAGCCCCUGCUGGGCUCUCACCUCCGCAGACUGUUUCAACAGGUUCGGCAAGGAUCUAUCCAGGUAUGUGGUACGCAUCGGGGCCACUGAGCGAAAACUUACCCCAGAACAAAUCACAAUUCACAAGAAGUUCAAGGGCCAGAGCGGUGGUCACAACCUGGCUCUGCUGAGGCUGCCCAGCACCAAGGGUCAUUGUGUAACCUUCGAACGUGACACUAAUGCAGCAUGCCUUCCCCUACCAGACACAGCAGUGGGGGGGAAGACCCUGUCCUCAUGUGUUAUCACGGUUACCACACAAUGGGAAGGGCCAGAUUCAGUGGUCGCCUCGUGGGUUCCCCUGAUGUCUUCAUGGCAAUGCAAAAAGCGCUACGGCGAUAGCUACUCCAGCCACGGCACACUGUGUGCCGGCAGCCCUCCAGACACCAGCCGUCUCCAUGGUGACAGUUGCCAGGGCAACUCUGGAGGCGGGCUGGUGUGCCAGGGGGAGGCGGGCCGCUGGGUGCUCACUGGGGUGGUCGCCGGGGGUUACGGAUGCGGCGUCCCCUCCUCUCCGGCACUCUACACUCGGGUCAGUCGUUUCAGGAGUUGGAUCGAGGAGGUCACUGGUGCUCACAUGCAGCAGCAGCAGCAGCAGCAGCAGCGCGCACACACAGAAGACACCCGCACACGUGUUGAGGAGGAUGACGUGAACACGCGAAAGGAGAACACACACGCUGAGCUGGCAUAUACCAACGACCUCACACUUAUGGACGCUGACCUGAUGCACGCCUAUAAGGAACACACUCACAGCGAGGGCAGAGAUAAAUACUCUCAUGCGCAUGGAGAGCCAAGGCAAACACCCAUUCAGCAAUUCAGCAUAGAAACGAAUGAAGUCAACGAGCUCACACAGAAACACACGCACACUCAUAGCCAGCACAUGCAUGCUCAUCACCGCACUAACAUGCACAGGAAGAGCGCACAUCCCAUCAAGGCCGACAAGCACACACAUGCCCUGGUCUGA